CAUUACCAUCACCUGAUGUUCAGAGGUUGUUCCUGUUAUGCACUUUAGAUUUAUCAUGUGAUCUUUUUAGACAUUACCCUUGAGCUUCUUCAUGCACACACACGGUUCUCGAGAUUGUUGUGAUUUUUUUUUUACCUGAAAUGGGAAGUUUAACAGUUUCUUUCCUGUUAUCAAUGCUGUUUAUCGGCACCGGCGGAACAACAAAAUACGAACCGAACUGGGAGUCUAUCGACUCCAGACCACUACCAGAGUGGUACGAUCAGGCCAAGUUUGGCAUCUUCAUACACUGGGGGGUCUUCUCUGUCCCGAGCUUCGGCAGCGAGUGGUUCUGGAAGUACUGGCAGGGUCAAAAAGCAAAGCCGUAUGUUGACUUCAUGAAGAAGAAUUAUCCUCCAGACUUCAAGUAUCAAGACUUUGCGCCGCUGUUCACCGCGGAGUUCUUUGAUGCCAAAGAGUGGACGGACAUCUUUGCCUCAUCGGGGGCCAAGUACAUUGUCCUGACAACAAAACACCAUGAAGGUUUCACACUCUGGGGCUCAAAAAACUCCUGGAACUGGAACGCAGUGGAUGUUGGACCGAAAAGGGAUCUGGUAGAGGAGGUGGCGAGUGCCCUCCGUGCUAACAGUGACCUGCAUUUAGGGCUGUAUCACUCUCUCUUUGAGUGGUUUAAUCCGCUCUUUGAACAGGACGCUGCCAAUGUCUUCACGACAAACUACUUUCCAACCACUAAAACUCUGCCUGAGCUUUAUGAGCUCAUUGUCAAGUACAAACCGGAGGUGCUGUGGUCUGAUGGGGACGGAGAUGCGCCUGACAAGUACUGGAACAGCACAGGGUUCUUAGCCUGGCUCUAUAAUGACAGUCCCGUACGAGACACGGUGGUGACGAAUGAUCGCUGGGGCUAUGGCUCCAUCUGCAAACACGGCGGAUAUUACACCUGCACUGAUCGCUACCAGCCAGGACACCUGCUCAAACACAAGUGGGAAAACUGCAUGACCAUCGACACAAAGUCCUGGGGUUACAGACGCAACGCUCCUCUCAGUGAUUACCUCACCACCCAGCAGCUUGUAGCGUCAUUGGUGGAGACGGUGUCCUGUGGGGGAAACCUGCUGAUGAACAUCGGCCCGACACACGACGGAAGGAUCGUUCCCAUCUUUGAGGAGCGUCUGAGGCAGAUGGGUCAGUGGCUGAAGGUCAACGGGGAGUCUAUCUACAACACAACAGCAUGGCGGGUUCAGAAGGACGCCGUCACUCCGACUGUCUGGUACACCUUCAGACCACAGCAAAAGAGCAUCUUUGCUCUUUUGCUGGAGUGGCCCAACAAUGGAUCUGUGAUUCUGAAUGAACCUGUGGUUACUCAAGGACAGACUCGGGUGGUGCUUGUCGGCCAUGGGUCUCUGAAGUGGGAGCCUGUUAAGCCCAGCGGGCUGCGGGUUCUCCUCCCCCAGCUGUCCAUCAACCAGAUGCCUUGCCAGUGGGCCUGGACACUGAAGCUGACAGGUGCCAUUUAAAGGGAAACCAGAUCAGCUCUAGAGGAACUGACAGAGCUGCAGGCCGAGAGAAGGACCCGACGUUGUACUGUAUAUGUUUAAACACUGUACAUAAAAUGUACUGAACUGAGUCGCACACAUAAAAUGUUUUGAAAUACUUAACAUGAACACAUGAUCACUGGUUUUGACCUGGUUAACUUUUAUGAUUAAAGUCUUUUGUUCUAGCGCCAAUGGUGGAAUGUAAUGAAGUAAAUUUACUCAAGUACUGUACUUAAGUAUAAUUUUGAGGUACUUUAUGUCAGUAUUUCAAUUGUAUGCCACUUCAUGCUUCUACUCCACCACAUCUUGAAAGCCAAUAUUGUACUUUGUACUUCAAAUUAUUAAUUAUUCAACAUUAGUUACUUUGCAGAUUCCGCUUAUUGAUUACAAACUUUUACAUCAGUAAUUUUAGGUUGACCAAUAGUAUAUGCAUCAUUCAACAAUUGUUCUGCACUUUGGGAUUAUUUUGAAGGCUAAAUAUUUGUAUGUGAUUGUGAUGCAGUCUGCUGCAUUGAUCAGUGCUGUGGUGAAUGUUUUACAUGUGAGGAAAUGUUUUAAUUUAAGUCUUCAAGCACCAUUUUUUUUUACAUGUGUAUGUUUAUAUGUUUUAAUAAAUCUUUUGAUUGUAUCAGCU